GCAGGCGCGCGCUUGAUAGCGGAGAAACAUGGCGGCCCCAACGUUUACUGCGAGGUUGUAUUCGCUGCUGUUCCGCAGGACAUCCACCUUCGCCCUCACCAUCGCCGUGGGAGCCUUGUUCUUCGAGCGCGCUUUCGAUCAAGGCGCGGACGCGAUCUACGAACACAUCAACCAGGGGAAGCUGUGGAAACACAUCAAGCACAAGUAUGAGAAUAAGGAGUAGUUCCUUAGAGACCCCUACCCAUGCCGAAAGGACCAGGUCCACCCACCAGCUGUUUGCCCAAAACCAGGGCCUCAGCCCGAAGAUGAUGCUCAGAUUACUCUUCAUCGACCACCUUUAGCUGUUGGCAAGAAGCGGCUUCACCUGACAGACUCUUUAACUUCUGCUGUGUUUGAACUAUGUUUAGUCAGAGUCAUCAGCAAAUAAAUGUAAACUGUCCUUGAGACAUGGCUUCUGCA